AUGCUCCACCCGUACUCGCCCAAGCAGGUCGGCCAGUGCCUCGAGGGCCGCCAGGUCGUCUUUAUCGGCGACUCGACCGUGCGCCAGGUCUUCUACGCCGUCGUCAAGCACGUCGACAAGAACGUCGAGACGACGGCCGAGAAGCACUCGGACCGCAGCAUCUCGGCGGGCGGCAUCCAGUUUGACUUUUUCUGGGACCCGUUCCUCAACGGCACGCGCGCCCAAGAGCUCUUUGACGGCCGCCUCGGGUCGACCACCAAGUCGGGUCAGCGCGGCGGCACGAUCCCGACCAUGGCUGUCGUCGGCGGCGGCAUCUGGUACCUGCGGCACCCGGACUCGGGCGGGAUCCAGACGUGGGACCGCCAGAUGGAGCGCCUGUUCCAGUCGACAAAGGCCGGCGUGCCCGCCAUCGCCGACGAGGUCAUCCUCCUCCCCGUCGAGAACGCGAUCGAGUCGCGCCUGAGCCCCGAGCGCGCCGCGACCGUCCACGGCGACGACAUCCAGAAGAUGAACGACCGCAUCACGACCCGGCUCGUCGCCGCCGCGUUUGAAAAGGGCCCGGCGCCCGGUGCGUCCGGCGGUGGACUCGCCGUCCCGCGCGCGUUCAACAAGGUCAUCGACGGCCUCGACGACGAGACGGUCGACGGCCUGCACUUUUCCGACACGGUCAGCAAGGUGCAGGCGAGCAUCCUCCUCAACCUGCGCUGCAACGACGCCCUGCCCAAAAAGUUCCCGUUCGACAAGACGUGCUGCUUCCAGUACCCGACGCCCAACUGGGUCCAGGCGCUCCUCCUCGUCUUCCUCGUCGGGUACGCGCCCCUCGGCCUGUACUACCACUCGCAGCCCGAGCCCCGAGUGUUCCGCUACUUCCCCGACCAAAAGUACCUCGUCCCGAUGACCGUCUUUGGGUUCGCCACGUCGCUCCUGUUUGUCGCCGACCGCACCAACCUGUUCCUCAAGGAGAACAAGCAGUACGACGCGGCGACGUUUGGCGUCCUGUGCGUCGCGGCGCUCGCGGCGGGUGCGGCGACGCUCAAGCCGGCCGACAAGGACCUCGGGUUCCUCAACCGCGACCAGACGGACGAGUGGAAAGGGUGGAUGCAGAUCGCGAUCCUCGUGUACCACUAUGUCGGCGCGAGCAAGGUGUCGGGCAUCUACAACCCGAUCCGGGUCCUCGUCGCCGCGUACCUGUUCAUGAGCGGGUACGGCCACCUGAGCUUUUUCCUCAAGAAGGCCGACUUUGGGUUCGCGCGCGUCGCCAACAUCUUGAUCCGCCUCAACCUCCUCACGGUCGUCCUGUCGUACCUCAUGGACACCGACUACCUGAGCUACUACUUCUCGCCCCUCGUCACCAUCUGGUUCGGCAUCAUCUGGGUCACGCUGUGGGCCGGCCACAAGCUCAACGGCAACUCGGCGUUCCUCCUCGUCAAGCUCGUCGUCGCCGCAGCCGUCACGGCGUGCUUCUUCGAGAUCCCGGGCCCGCUCGAAAAGACGUUCUCGGUCAUCAACACGGUGUUUGCGACCAACUGGAACGCGGGCGAGUGGCGGUUCCGCCAGACGCUCGACAUGUGGAUCGUCUGGGUCGGCAUGUUGACCGCGUUCGCGUUCCUCAAGAUCAAGGAGCACCGCAUCCCGGACGACCCGCGGUGGCCGACCUGGUCGCGCCUCGCCGUCGCAGCGUCGGCGCUCGCCAUGGCGGGCUACUUUGCGUUCGAGCUCACGCGCGAGUCCAAGUUUGUGUACAACGCGAGCCACCCGUACGUGAGCGCCGUGCCCGUCCUCGCCUUUAUCGUCCUGCGCAACGCGACGCCCUGGCUCCGGUCGACGAGCAGCUGGUUCUUCAUCUACUUUGGCCAGUGCUCGCUCGAGACGUUCAUCAUCCAGUUCCACUUCUUCAUCGCCGGCGACACUCGCGGCAUCAUCAUGAUGAUCCCUGGCGGUGCCUGGAUGCGGCCGCUCAACUUUGUCAUCACGUCGCUCGUCUUCGUCUACGUCUCGAACCAGGUGGCGAUCGCGACGGGCGUCCUCACGGCCAUGAUCUGCUACGUGCCCAAGCAGGCGUCCCCCUCGGCCGCCGCCGCGUCGCGCCUGCCGUCGUCGUCGCGCGACGCCAUGGCCGUCCCCGCCGACCCGCCCUCGGCGACGGUCGCGAGCGCGCACCCGGCGGCGGGAGAGUACGUCGCGCUGUCGACCGUCGGCGGCGGCGCGAGCGACGGCGCCGGCGCCGACAAGGAGCGCGAGAGGGAGAGCGCCGGUGACGCGCUCGCGGCGCUCGACGCGCACGGGCGCGGUGGGGCGCUCCAGAAGGCGGGCAAGGUGCUUGCGACCGACUUGAGGGUAAGGUUCGCGGCCAUCUUUGCGGGCCUGUGGGUGCUCAACGUCGUCUACCCUGCAUGAGCGGCCCGAGGGCAGCGCUGCGCCGCGAGGGCGGGCGCGCGAGGAGGUCGGGCAACGACGCC